GGUCGCGCAGUCAGCAUGGCUGGAUUUUCUCGCAGUUUUUCGCCGGUUCUACCGUGCUAGAGGCGAGCGCAGUCGGUCGUGUUCUCGCGUCGAUGGUGCGUGCUGUCUGAGUGUCGUCGUCAGAGCCGUUCGAGACCAAUCGCGAUCGAGUGUCGGAGACGCGUGCCUUGGACCGAGAGGCGAGCCGAGAACGAGCGAACGAAAGAGACGCCAGAUAACCGAACCUAACCUCCAAAGACAAAGAUGUGUCGCGACGUAACUCUCGUUGUUUCGCGGUCACGUUGACGUGUUUCUCGUCUCUUUUCGUAUCGUUUCCUCUCGCGACGUGGAGCUCGUCGAGGCAAAUGUGCUGGCUUGCUGUGUUACUCGUCGUGCGCGCGAUAUCGUGAUUUUCGUCGUGAUCGCGCCUAAAGUGCGUCGCGUGACAGCCGUGUGUGCUCGUGCGUCUUGGCACGGAACGGAACAAGGACGGAAGCGUGGAAAGAACAAAAGGGAACGGAAAACUACUAUGCGUCUCGGUGUAAACGAAUCGCUGACGUUUUCCGAGUGAACGUGUGAAAGAAACAAGGCGAGAGCGAAAGGGAGAGAGAGAUAGCGUAACGUUACGCGGGGAAGGGGCAGAGGAGAGGUCACACGAAAAGGGACUCGGCCGUCAACGACAAAUCUUGACCCACGAACGAGGGAAAGAUUUCUCGGAAGGCAGUUUGAAGGUGACUCGGUGUUUUUGGUUCGGAGUUGCGUCUCCGGCCAUCGCAUUCUCGGAAUCAACACCUCUCGCCGCUGGGCCGUGAAAGAAGGGAGCCCAGGACGCUGGAGGAUCGAUAAAGGCGAUAGGGUAACGCUCGAAAAUCGUUCCGGCCGGGAAGCAUCGUAGCUUUCCAUCGUCCCUAAUUGACAGGUAGAGAGAGGAGAGGACGGGGGCCGAGGGAAGAUCAGAGAAGAAAGAGCGACUCUGGCGACACGCGGGUGGAGAAGGGAGGAGAGAUCGGGGAAAGGGCGAGGAGGCUGGCGAAGACGCGAAAUUUACGAGUGAGCAGGUUUGCUCGCGCGUCUAGAUAGCAGACCGGUAUCUCGAGUCGGUCGUGCGCCGUAACAAAUGGCCGAGUCGUAAAAUCAGCUAACCGUGGACCGAAAGCGGAAGUGGAGGCCGGAUUUCGCGGACGUUGGAACGGCGCCGGCCAGAAGAAAGAGCAGACUCGCGAGUCGGCUUAUCCGCCACUUCUCGGACUGUCGCGAUCCUCUUACGCGUCCCUAUUCCAUCGACCAAUCCGUUCUUCCACGGAUCGGAGAGGCGUUUCUCCUUUUCUGGCAACGAUAAUCGUGUCUCCUUCGCGCAACCGCGACAUGGUCUCGAACGAAGAAGCCCGACAGGUCUGGAUGCUCGCGUGAGAAGGGAGAGAAUGUCGAGGAUCCGAGGCACAGAUCGCUGAGAAGCCAGGCGGUGGACCCACAGGAACGUUGGCCAAAUGGGUUAAAAACGCUCGCGAUGGCCGGCGCGACCCUGUGCUGCUCGCAAAAUGGUGAUCGUGCUGCUGUCGUGGAAACGCAACAAGUGGCGAUCUGCUCCUUAUCCGUGACCUAUCAUCGAUGUUUUCCGACGGACGGGCCGGGCUCGAUCCAGGUCCCGUCACCUACGAUCUGAGCUUCGAGCAGACGUAGCCAACCAAUCCUGGUAGAAGAGGAGGGGAAGAAGAACCGGAACUCUAUUCGUUCGCGAAAAUUCCGCGACGAGAACGCGACACCUAUAAUCAGGAGAAGACGAAACGAGAAAAAGUCAAUUUUCGUUCGGAAAGAUCUGCUCGAUCGGAAUUGGAGACCCACCAUCGGAUCGAGCCUACUGUCCCAAUCUGUUGAUCUCGGAUAACGCUGAUCGAGGUUGAGGUAGCUUCGGGAGACAGGCUCUAUUCUCUAGACGCGAGACAUCGAAGAGAAAGAGCGUGGACGACUAUGAGCAGAGCCGAUGCCCGGCGGAAGAAGAGGGCAUCCUUGUUGCGGAAGUCAGGGCCGACUGUCGCAGCGGCUGCGACACGACGAUUCUCGCUGCUCACGGUCCGUUUCGCGUUUCCACCGGCUGAGAGGAACGAUCCGGGGCUAAUCUGAGAGACAACCGUACCUCGUCGGAUGAGACGAUGGUGAUGAAGAUUUCCGCGGUCGAGGCUGGCGUUCCUUUACUAAGCGCCGUCGGUCCGCGCUGCGUCGUCAAGCAGGCCACGGUGAAACGAUGCGUCGCGGCGCUGCUGCUCGUCUCAGUCGCCAGUAUAUUCUACUACACGCAUUAUAUCAUCAGCAGCCCGUUGUCUAGCUUGAUCCAUCGAGAUACUAGGCCAGAGCCAGCAAUCAGGUGUUUGACACUGAGAGGAGGGACGAGGUUGCCCUCGGCGCCGGAUCAUCGCAGCGAGGCUCGUUUGAGGACGGAUCCAAAGGUGUUGGUCUUCGUGGAAACGCUGUACUCUAUGCUGGGCAAGAACAUAGCGGAACUGCUCGUCUCCAAUCGAAUCAAGUACAAACUGGAAGUGGCUGGCAAGUCCCUGCCAGUAUUGACGAACCUGGACAAAGGCCGAUACGGGGUUCUGAUCUUCGAGAACCUGAACAAGUACCUGCAGAUGGACAAGUGGAAUCGCGAACUGCUGGACAAAUAUUGCAGAGAGUACUCGGUCGGCAUCGUGGGAUUCGCGCCGUCCGGCGAGGAAAGUCUGGUCGGCGCGCAGCUGAAAGGCUUUCCUCUGUUCGUGCACACUAAUCUCAGGCUGAAGGAUGCACAGCUGAACGCGGCGUCCCCUAUCCUCCGAUUAACCAGAUCCGGGGAAACAGCCUGGGGACCACUUCCUGGCGGUGACUGGACCAUUUUUCAGGCCAAUCACAGCACCUACGAGCCACUGGCUUGGGCGCAUCGGGACAGCCUCGACUAUCCGGCCAAUAAAAGUCCUCUGGCGACUGUCAUUCAGGAUCACGGCAGAUUCGACGGGAUUCAGAGGGUCUUUUUCGGCGGCGGAAUGCGAUUCUGGCUGCACAAUUUGCUGCUACUCGACUCCCUUUCCUAUCUGUCUCAUGGCCAGUUGAGCCUCAGCCUGAAUCGCAUGAUCCUGGUGGAUGUCGACGACAUAUUCGUUGGCGAGAAGGGAACCAGACUGAAGAAGGACGACGUGAUGGCGUUGCUGGCCACCCAGCAGAGGAUCCAAGCGUUGGUCCCGGGUUUCAAGUUCAACUUGGGGUUUUCUGGGAAGUACUUCCAUCACGGCACCGCCGAGGAGAAUCUGGGGGACGAUAUGCUUCUGGAGAACGUCGACAGAUUUACGUGGUUUUCCCACAUGUGGAAUCAUCAACGACCUCACCUGUACGAGAAUGUAACACAUCUGCAAUUGGACAUGGCGCUGAACAAACAGUUCGCGAAAGACCACGGAAUCCCAACAGGAAGCGGUUACAGCGUAAGUCCUCAUCACUCCGGCGUUUAUCCGGUUCACGAAGGACUCUACGAGGCGUGGAAAAGGGUGUGGAACAUCAAAGUCACCAGCACCGAAGAGUACCCCCAUUUGAGGCCGGCUCGGUUAAGACGAGGCUUCAUUCAUCGUAACAUAAUGGUCCUACCUCGGCAAACCUGUGGCCUUUUCACACACACGAUCUUCAUCGAUAGAUACCCAGGCGGAAGGGACAAGCUGGACAAAUCGAUACAGGGUGGCGAACUGUUCCAGACCAUCGUUCACAAUCCUAUCAAUAUUUUUAUGACGCACAUGUCGAACUACGGGAACGAUCGUCUGGCACUGUACACGUUCGAGUCGGUGAUUAAAUUCAUUCAAUGCUGGACGAACUUGAGAUUAUCCAGCUCGCCGCCUCUUCAGCUGGCCGAGAGAUAUUUUCAGCUCUACCCCGAGGAAUCUGACCCUGUGUGGGGCAAUCCCUGCGACGACCUGAGGCAUCAAAAGAUCUGGUCGAGGAACAAAACCUGCGAUCAGCUACCGAGGUUCCUGGUAAUUGGCCCCCAAAAAACUGGCACUACCGCUCUUUACACUUUCCUCUCCAUUCAUCCGGCGAUAAGCAGCAAUUUGCCGAGUCCUGACACGUUCGAGGAGAUUCAGUUCUUCAAUGGGAAGAAUUAUUACAAGGGCCUGGACUGGUACAUGAGCUUCUUCCCAGCCUCGAAGAACGAGAGCUCGCGGUAUCUGUUCGAGAAAUCCGCGACGUAUUUCGACGGAGAGCUGGUACCUCGGAGAGCACACGCGCUUCUACCGAGAGCAAAAUUAAUCACUAUACUGCUUUCGCCGGCCAGGCGUGCCUACUCGUGGUACCAGCAUACGAGGGUCCACGGCGAUCCUGUAGCAAAUAAUUAUUCCUUUCACUCGGUUAUCACCGCGAGCGAUACUGCACCGAAACCCCUACGCGAUCUCAGGAAUAGAUGUUUAAAUCCCGGGAAAUACGCGCAGCAUCUGGAGAGAUGGCUUUCCUAUUAUCCGCCUCAGCAAUUGCACAUCAUAGACGGGGAGCAGCUACGUCAGAAUCCCGUCGAGACGUUGCACGAACUACAAAGGUUCCUCAAGAUCACGCCCGCUUUCAAUUACUCGUCCCACUUGAGGUACGACCCGAAGAAGGGGUUCUUUUGUCAAGUUACCAACGAGGAUCGCACGAAAUGCCUCGGCAAGAGCAAAGGCCGUCAAUAUCCACCGAUGGAGGAUAAAUCGUACAAAUUAUUACAGAGGUAUUAUUUAUCUCACAAUACGGCCCUAGUGAAAUUAUUAAAGCGACUCGGGCUGAGGACGAUCCCACAAUGGCUGAAGGAAGAUCUCACCGACACGGUGAUGACCUAGCAGACGUCGAUUAUAUGAAACGACACCGUUUCCGAACUGUUCAUUUCUACGGUGAACGAGAUUCACCGGUUACUAGCUGAAGAUCUGUAAAAUAAUUGUACAUUCGAUGUAAUUCCACUGGACUCCAAAUCCUCGACGGAAGGACCAUUACAAUGGCCUAUCCCAGUGGUUUGGCCUAAGAUCGGUGGGGAGCCUGCGAAACUAGUCACUAAGCGGUUUCACGGUGAACACGACCGUGACUGUCGAUCGUUGUUAAGCCAAUAGUACUAUUAUUAACGUUAUAUUAUUAUUGUCAUCGUUGUUGCGUCGUAGAGAACAUGAUUAUUAGGAGUACAGCCCGCUCGCUAGUGCCAUCAUCCGUCUAUAAUGAUUGGACGCCUUUCGUUCUAAUCUUUACUACUGAAGGUGAAUAGAAAUCUAAAGAAAGAGGAUUCCUAAUACGUGCCCGAGAUCAAUUUUUCUUCGAUCUUAGUACAACGUGUUUCUCCUCGACGAAAUCGAGAAUAUUUUGAUAAAUCAGAAGACCACGAACAAACGCACAUUUUCAAUUUGCGUAACGAUAAUCAUAAACAAGUUGCCGACUCGGGGACAAUGACUCUUUUGAAACCUGAGUAGUAAAGAGAAGAAGGUAAAUGGAUGCUUUAACGAGUGAAAUUAGAAGUGACCAAAAAAAAAAGGAAUUAAAAAAAAUAGAAGAAAAAUCGGUAUUUUGGGAGAAGUCGAUACUUCAGUUCUUGCGAGAGGAGGUCUGUCCAAAAUGUGUUGCGAUGUUUGAAGAGAUUUAUUUCCUCGUGAAAGUGAUCAAUGGAUAGAUCGAGUGUGUUGAUGUUUAGAUCGACGAUCCGUCAGUCCUUCACUUCUGGUACUAAUUGCAGGAUCGUUUCUGCGAGUGAGAUUUUUUGGGUCUUUGAACAUUUUUCCUGCCCACUUACCCUCUCAGAGACACAAUGUACAUUAAUUCUCGUUGUGUAAGCGUAUUUAAGAAAAGAGGAGAAAAAAUGAAGAAAAAACUAUAAUGAUGAUUCUAUGUAUAUUUUGACAAUACUAUUCUUGGUACCGCCGAUGGAAAGGUCGAUGAAAGAUGUGUGAUCGCGUCCGUUUGUACAUUCAUGUAUCGUACUGUUUUGAUGUGAUCGUAGGUGUACCAUAACGACUUAAUGAGAUAAAAUUUAAAAAAAAAAUGGGAGAGAAGAGAAAGAGGGAAAAACUAUUUCUGGAAUGAUCGUUGAUGAUAAUUUUUGGUGAACGAUGAUCUUAAAUUCAGAAGUGAUAACUGCCUACUUGCAGUAACUGCUAUUGUCACGUUUGGGGCACACGAACUCUGGUUUAAUGAUAAUCCUAUGUUCCAAAAUAGACGAAUUAUUUGUUGUUGAAGAAAAUCGAGCGAUUUUUUGAAACUUUAAUACCUGAUGUAUUAUAGUGAAUCGUACGUCGUGGAAAUGAAAAUGUAUCGUUGUGAAUAAAACCACGUUAUUCGCAACAUAAUUUAAUCAUGGUAAUAGUUUGUUGAAAGCAUAUCAGUUACAGUUACCUUUGUUAAUCGUACAUAUGAUAUAUCGGUUACUUACACCCUUCACGAAUGGAUCAAAUUCGUCGAAUCUAAUCCUAUUGUCCCUGAUAUGCUAUAUUUCUAGCACUCUUUUUGAUAUCGAUAUUGCUAUUGGUUUAGAAAUUAUACAAGUGUCUCGUUUUAACGAAUCCUUGCUACUUAAGUAAAACAAGUAACAUAAUUAUAAAUAUUUAUUUAGAAGGUAAUUAUCUUUUCUCAAAGAAAAAGAGAAUUAAAGGAAAGUUAAUAUCAUGAAAAAACUACAUAUAUCUGGUCCAAAACGAAUUUAAAAAUUGUGUCGCUACUCUGUGCGAAAUAUGCAUCUAAAAAAGCCACGUACCAUCAGUGAUGAAAUAUUUUAUAUUUAGAUGCUACCUUAUCCAUACGUUACCCCUUGUAUACGUUACCCUUUGUAUAUUUUGUUUUCAUUUUUAUACUGCCGUUAAACUGUGUCACGUGACGUUUAACGAAUCAUGUACAAAGUUUAUUGUUAAUAUAAUGAUAAUUAACGAUAAUGAUAUUAACACUAAGCGAUUGAUCUGUUUUGUCAAAUCGUGCCAUUUUACCAGUGUUGUAUAUACAGUUGUAUUAUUGUACCAAUCGCGGCGUCAGAUCUCUAGAGUCAAUAUUAAUCAGUUUUGUUCGGUAUGGCAGUAGCAAAGAUUGUCCGAUUUGCUACCAGCUGACAAUAAUAUGUGACGAACCGGAAUCGCAAAAGUCAUAGAAAGAUUCGAUAUACGAGCCCGAAGAAUUUAAAAGCUCCUUCAGCAAUUAGCACUACUUCAUCGUUGGUUUAGCCAUAGUACAUGUAAAUGAUUCUUUUAAUAAGAUUCUCGGAAGGAGAACAAAUUUUAAUUUAUGUAACUUCCAUGUGCUUUUUCUCUCAAAUAUUAUUAUUAAAAUUGUAACUGUUGAGCGAGUAGCAUUCCGUUACAUUUAAUAAUCAAUAAUUAACUUCAUAUUUAAGUACUUGAGGCAGACUUAUAUCUUAACCCGUUCAGAAGUUAACCAGCGAUAAAAUAUUGCUAAUUUUAAAUUGUCCGCGUAUUUGCAUUUCAGAUUAUACCAACUAAAGCGUGGAAAAUAAGGUUUUGUAGAUGUUCUAACAAACUGUUGUGUAAACGAUUAAAAAGAAAAAAGCAAAGCUGUCAUUGUACGAAUAAAGAAAGACGCGUGUAGAAUAUGUGUACGACUUUAAU